CCUCCCCGCGCUGCCCGUGGGCGGUGUCGCCGCGGCUCCCCGGCCCCGUGGCUGUCCCCGGCGCUGUCCCCGAGCCCGCGGCGUGCAUGGCCGUGCGCGGGCGGCGAUGGCUGCGCGCUGAUGGCCCAGCUCGCCAUGGCUGCCCGGGAGGAGCUCUACAGCAAAGUCAUCCCCCGGCGGAGCCGCCAGCACCGCGCCGGGACCAUCAAACAUGGCUCGUCGCUGGAGAUCCUGCUCUCCAUGGGCUUCCCCAAAGCACGGGCACAAAAAGCGCUGGCAUCGACAGGUGGAAGGAGUGUUCAAGCAGCAUGCGACUGGCUCUUCUCCCACGUGGGUGACCCGUUCCUGGAUGACACCCUGCCCCGGGAGUACGUGCUGUACCUGCGCCCCACCGGGCCCCUGGCGCAGAAGCUCUCCGAGUUCUGGCAGCAGUCGAAGCAGAUCUGUGGCAAGAACAAAGCUCACAACAUCUUCCCCCACAUCACCCUCUGCCAGUUCUUCAUGUGUGAGGACAGCAAGGUGGACGCUCUCACGGAAGCCCUGCAGGCCACGGUGAUGCGCUGGAAAUGCAAAUUCCCUGCCCCGCUGCCCCUGGAGCUCUACACGUCCUCCAACUUCAUCGGGCUCUUCGUCAAGGAGGAAAGUGCUGAGGUGCUCAAGAAGUUCGCUGCAGACUUCGCUGCAGAGGCGGCUUCCAAAGCAGAUGUCCACGUGGAGCCCCACAAGAAGCAGCUCCACGUCACCCUGGCCUAUCACUUCCAGAGCAGCCACCUGCCCACGCUGGAGAAGCUGGCCCAGAGCAUCGAUGUCAAGCUGGGCUGUGACUGGGUGGCCGCGAUCUUCUCCCGCGACAUUCGCUUCGUCAACCACGAGACUCUGCAAGUGAUCUACCCCUACACCCCCCAGAACGACGACGAGCUGGAGCUGGUCCCAGGGGAUUUCAUUUUCAUGUCCCCAGUGGAGCAAACCAGCACGAGUGAGGGCUGGAUUUAUGGCAUUUCCCUGGCCACUGGCUGCUCGGGGCUGCUGCCCGAAAACUACAUCACCAAGGCGGAUGAAUGUGGCACCUGGGUGUUCCAUGGGUCCUACUCCAUUCUGAACACCACAUCUUGCCCAUCCCUCCAAGCCUUUGCUGAUGGAGCUCUGGAGAGAAGGCAGCAGGAGGACCAAGGGCCAGGGGACGCUGGGCCCCUCACCAUCAUCUGCCAGAACGUGCAGCCCCUGAGGAUAAGCAGCCAGCCGGGCCCUCAGAAGCGCUGCCUGUUCGUCUGCAGGCACGGCGAGAGGAUGGAUGUGGUUUUUGGGAAGUACUGGCUGUCCCAGUGCUUCGAUGCCAAAGGCAGGUACAUGCGCAGUAACCUGAAUAUGCCUCACAAUUUACCUCAGAGGAGUGGUGGUUUCAGGGAUUACGAAAAAGAUGCUCCCAUCACCGUGCUGGGCUGCACCCAGGCCAGGCUCGUGGGUGAAGCCUUGCUAGAAACCAACACCAUUGUGGACUACAUCUACAGCUCGCCAUCGCUGCGCUGCGUGCAGACAGCCCACAACAUCCUGAAAGGCAUGCAGCAGGAGAACACGCUGAAGAUCCGCGUGGAGCCGGGCCUGUUCGAGUGGACCAAGUGGGUGUCGGGGAGCUCGCUGCCCGCCUGGAUCCCGCCCGCGGACCUGGCCGCGGCCACGCUCAGCGUGGACACAACCUACAGACCUCAUAUUCCCGUCAGCAAGUUGGUGGUUUCUGAGUCGUACGACUCCUACAUCAGCAGAAGCUACCAAGUAACGAAGGAAAUCAUCAGUGAAUGUAAAGGCAAAGGAAACAACAUCCUGAUCGUGGCUCACGCAUCCUCCCUGGAGGCCUGCACCUGCCAGCUCCAGGGGCUGUCACCCCAGAACUCCAAGGAUUUUGUACAGAUGGUCCGAAAGAUUCCCUACCUGGGCUUUUGCUCCUGUGAAGAACUGGGGGACACUGGUGUGUGGCAGCUCACAGACCCUCCCAUCCUCCCUCUCACCCAUGGACCAACUGGAGGCUUUAACUGGAGAGAAACCCUCCUGCAGGAGUAGGGAGCAGCCCAGCAAGGACAGCCCUUCCCAGCGCUGGAGAAUGGCUCUUCUUCUUCCUUGUGUUUCAUUGCCAGCAGGAAAAACCCUCCUCAUCUGUCCCGUGGCUCCCUCCAAGCGUAUCUCACACAGCCACAGCCCUGCCAAAAUCCUCAUUUACAACAAAAUGGGCUGAUUUGAGGCGGGGCAGGGGGGGAAUAUUAAAAUACAGCUCGAGGUUCUUGCACGGCUCGGGGUUGGUUUCCUCACCUUGAAGGAGCUCUGGUGACACUUUCAUGCCACUGCAGGGACAGGGAGCUCUGUGUGUGUCAGGCAGGAUGCUGGGGAUGUUUUCUAUUUUUGCAAAGUGUCUGCAGCCUUGUUCAGCACCUCGUGCUUGCUCCACUCCCAAAGCCCCCAAAGCCUCAGCACCUCCCAGAAAAAUAAAAGGGUUUUAUUUCCUUCCCCCAGGCUGGGAAGGAGCCCAGCAUGCUGCCCCAGGUUAUUCCUCCCUCUCCUCUGAGCAGAGAUGGGAGUGCUCAAAGUGUGCUGGAUGUUGUGCAGAGAUUGGUUGGUAUUCAGGAAAAUUCUGGAUCAGAGGAAAAUUCUGAGUUUCACAUCUGUUGCAGGUGAACUGCAAUUCCAGCUUCCCUAAAGAGGAGAAAAAAACUGGGCUGGAACAAACCCCCCAAAAAAGGAGAAAUAAUUGGGAUGGCGCAAACU